AUGACUACGACAGUAAACUUCGAGCUGAACAAGUCCAAAGAAACGGCAUUGAAAAUACUUAAUAUGUUCGACAGUGGCAUUGUUCAUCUAAUCGACGGUCCAGACAUUGAUCGCCAUCGAAAUGCUCUUACCAUUCAUCAACUUCAGCCCAGCCAGCAGAGGCGUCGGAGGAUUGCCCAGAAAACCCAUUUCUUUGCCGUUACUUCUCAGACGAUGGCCUUCCUCUGUGCUAGUGUCAGACGAUACUACUUCCCCCCCGUGCACACCAAGGCACAGAAAGGCCUGAAGUACUUGCUACCGGAAAAGAGAUUCUGUACCCAGCAAACCCAACCAUUGCAGUUGUCUCAUUCGGCUCCCUCCCAAAGACGGAUUAAUAUCGCGGCUAGACUGCCGCACCUGCAUAUCCCGUUGACGGGCAACAGGUUCAACACAGAGCGCUUUAGGACCGAUGCCAUGCCGGAUAGUGGAAGGCGGGGGUUUCUCUAUAACUUUAGCUGGCCCAGCACGUCCUAUGCCCUCUAG